AUGGUCGAUGAUGGUUCGGACUUCUCUGACGCGUACGUAGCGGGGGGUGCUUCCAAGACUAAGAAGGUAGGCUCUUUGGGUCUGGAUUGGGGAUUUGUUUAUCGUGUGUGUGGAGUGUGUUGGCUCGGCGAAUCGGCGAUCUUUAGGGAGGCUGGCGCGACGAACGCGUUCUAACGCGUUUCGCUCAACCGGAGCCAGCCCGGCCAGCGGCGCCAGUGGACUCGGUUCUUGCUUUGUUUCGCUCGACUCGCUCGACGACUCGAACACUACCCCGGACUGGACGGGAGCAUACCAUGGCUCAAUCAUGAGCUUUAGACUGAUACCCCCUUUACCGUUCCUCCUACGCACCUGCCUAAUCCCACAACACCCAACCCGUCGACUCCCCUUGCAUUCUCCCUUCCAUCAGACCGCCGCUCCCAAAGCGGCACCGAAACCCAAAGCAGCGGCUAAACCCAAGACCGCGACGGCCGGUGCCGCUGCAGCAAGCAAGAAGAAGAAGGUUCUGCAGGAACACGAUACGAACGGUGCUUCUUCGGCAGACGAGGCGUAUGGGAUGGAGGUCAGUUUCGAUGCGUCUCGGUUGUUGGGCAUGGGCAAUUGGGCAAUUGGGUCGUUGGGCAAUUUGAGUCCGUAGGCUGAUCAAAUCCUUCAUUCUCGGUGGUAGGACGAUGAUCACGUCCCGGAGAUGAGGAUUCCUUCGGCAACCAAGAAGACCAAGGCCAAAUCCGCGAGCGAGACCUAUGUCAAGGUACGUUGUCCUCCGUCGUCUCUGGACUCGCCAGGAUCCUCUCGCGUCACGUGUUUUCAAGAUCAGAACCCCCGUAGCUGAUGCCUGGGUUUCAUCUUACCAUAGCUCUCGCAACUCGAACAUGUGCUCAAACGCCCCGAUACCUACAUUGGCUCGAUCGAGGCUGUCACGCAGCAGAUGUGGGUGUUUGACCCCGAUACGACGGGUGGAACGGGCGGCACCUUGGUCAACCGGUGAGCUCCUUGUGUUCUUCGGCGGAUCAGUCGGACCAGCAGCGGGUUUGGGGUGCUGACUCGCCUAAUCGUCUGCAAAUUUUCGUUAGACAAACGACGUUCGUUCCUGGAUUGUACAAGAUCUUUGAUGAGAUCUUGGUCAACGCUGCCGAUAACAAGGUGAGAGCGACGCCCUUCGCGCUAUUCGAUCCCAGCCCUCGAGCGAUCUGACCCGAAUAUCUGCAUUGCGCAACUCCUUCAGGCCAAGAAUGCGGAGAUGUCCUACAUCAAAGUGACGAUCAAUCGAGAGGACAAGAAGAUCGUUGUUGAGAACGAUGGGCCGGGUAUCCCGAUCGAAGAGCACAAGACGGAGAAAGUUUGGAUCCCGGAAAUGAUCUUUGGCACUCUGCUCACCUCUUCCAACUAUGACGACGAGGAGGAGAAGGUCACCGGUGGUAGGAACGGUUACGGAGCCAAGUUGGCCAACAUCUACUCGACCGAGUUUGUGGUCGAAACGGCGACGUCCAAUGAUAUGAAGACGUACAAGCAGACGUUCAAGAACAAUAUGGGGACCAAGGGGAAGCCGAUCGUGAAGGAUAUCACCAAGGCACAGGACUACACUAGGGUUAGCAUGAUUGGGUGCCGCGUCAUCAACCCAUCCGAAUGUUGCUAAGACGCCCACGGUGCUGAACAGAUCACAUUUUAUCCGGACCUGGCUCGAUUCGGCAUGACCGAGUUCGACGACGACACUGUCGCUUUGUUGACGAAGCGUGUUUACGAUAUGGCCGGCAUCAUCAAGGGCGUCAACGUAUACCUUAACGGAAAGAAGCUCUCGCUCAAGAACUUUAAGCAGUACGUCGAGAUGUACACGGCCGCCAUCGAGGCCGCUUCCAAGCCGAGCACCAAGAAGUCGGGCGAGAACGAGGACAUGGUCGAGAACCUCGACCUCGUCGGUGUCGAUCCUUUGGCCGCGGGCAAGAAAAACAGCGUCAUCUAUGGCCAAUUCGGGCAGUGGGAGAUCGCGUUCGCGUUGUCGGAUGGACAGUUCACGCAGGUGUCAUACUGCAACUCGAUCGCGACGACCAAAGGUGGAACGCAUGUCAACUAUAUCGCCGAUCAGAUCGUUUCGGGCUUGGUCGAUUUGAUCAAGAAGAAGAACAAGGCCGCACCGGUCAAGGCGUUCCAGAUCAAGAACCACCUCUCCGUCUUUAUCAACUGCAAGAUCCCGAACCCUUCGUUCGACUCGCAGACCAAGGAAAACAUGACCUUAAGCGUGAGCAAGUUUGGCGCCAAAUUCAAGUGCGUCCUCGACGACGACUUCCUCAAAAAGGUCGCGAGGUCCGGCGUGAUCGACAAUGUCUUGAACUGGGCCAAGUUCAAGCAGGACCAGAUGCUCAAGAAGACGGACGGACACAAGCGAUCGCGUAUCACGGGUCUCGUCAAGCUCGAGGAUGCAAACAACGCUGGAACGAGGAACGGAUCCAAGUGCACGCUCAUCUUGACCGAAGGAGAUUCCGCCAAGGCGCUCGCCGUGUCGGGUCUGGCCGUCGUCGGUCGAGACAACUAUGGUGUCUUCCCUUUGCGAGGAAAGUUGCUCAACGUGCGUGAAGCGGCGGGCAAAGCCCUCCUCGAUAAUGUCGAGAUUCAAGCGAUCAAGCAGAUCUUGGGCUUGCAGCAGGGCAAAGUCUACACCGACGUCGACUCGCUCCGUUACGGCAAGCUCAUGAUCAUGGCCGAUCAGGAUCACGAUGGAUCGCACAUCAAGGGUCUGAUCAUCAACUUCCUCGAUUACUGGUUCCCUUCCUUGCUCAAACUGAAGGGCUUCUUGCUCGAGUUCAUCACCCCCAUCGUCAAGGCGACCAAGGGGAACAAGGAGUUGUCAUUUUUCACAAUUCCUCAGUACGAGCAAUGGAAGGAAGAGACCGAUGAUGGUCGUGGAUGGCGCAUCAAGUACUUCAAGGGAUUGGGUACGAGUGACGCCAGGGACGCGGUCAAGUACUUUGGCAACAUGGACAAGCAUCGCUUGCCGUUCCGCCCUUCGACGCAGGAAGAGCGCGAGUUGAUUGACAUGGCCUUCAACAAGAAGAAGGCCGACAACCGCAAGGAAUGGCUCCGAGGCUUCGUCCCCGGCACGUACCUCGACCACAGCAUCGCCGAAGUCCCGAUCGAGGAUUUUAUCAACAAGGAGUUGAUCCUCUUCUCGAUGGCCGACAACGUGCGCUCUAUCCCCUCUGUCAUUGAUGGGUUCAAACCGGGUCAACGCAAGGUCUUGUUCGGUUGCUUCAAGCGCAAGUUGACGCAGGAGAUCAAGGUCGGACAAUUGGGCGGUUACGUCGCCGAGCACUCGGCGUACCAUCACGGUGAAAUGAGUUUGCAAGGCACCAUCAUCGGCCUGGCGCAACAGUUCGUCGGGUCCAACAACCUCAACAUUCUCGACCCGAACGGUCAAUUUGGUACUCGUCUGCAAGGUGGUAAAGACGCGGCUUCCGCUCGUUACAUCUUCACGAAUGUAUCAUCCAUCACGCGUAGCGUCUUCCAUCCCGCUGAUGACAGCGUGCUCGAAUACCUCAACGAUGAUGGUCAGAGCAUCGAGCCGUCUUGGUACAUCCCCAUCAUCCCCAUGGCUUUGGUCAAUGGCUCGGAGGGUAUUGGAACGGGAUGGAGUUCGUCGGUGCCCAAUUACAACCCCACGGAUAUUGUGGCCAACUUAAGGCGCAAGAUGAGGGGCGAGGAGAUGGAACCGAUGCACCCUUGGUACCGUGGAUUCAAGGUGAGUAAUGCAAAUCGGCUGUGCGAGAGUUCAUCCUAUCUCGACUGACCUACACAUCAACGAUUGGCGUCCAUAGGGCACGAUCGAGAAGACCGAAAAGGACGGUUACGUCUCGACCGGUCAUAUUGAACGCCUCGAUGAUGCGACGGUCGAAAUUACCGAGUUGCCGAUCCGCACUUGGACGCAGACGUACAAGGAAAUGCUCGAGAGCUGGGUCGUCGGGACAGAAAAGUCCCCUGCUUUGAUCAAGGUGAGCAAGGGGAUUCGAGCUCAGAGCUUGAUACGCGCAGUCGACUGAAGCUGUUCUGUCCCUUUUUCUCGCAGGACUACAAAGAGUACCACACCGAUACGACGGUGCACUUCAUCAUCACCCUCACGGAAAAGGGGAAGGACGCGAUAAGCAAGGAAGGCCUCGAGAAGUGCUUUAAGAUGCAGAACAAGAUCAGCAUCUCCAACAUGGUCAUGUUCGACUCCCAGGGCAAGAUCAAAAAGUACGCGACCCCGGAAGAGGUCCUCGACGAUUUCUACGACGUGCGCCUGGAGUACUACCACAAGCGCAAGGCCUUCCUCGUCGACGAGUUGACCAACAUCCACGACAAGUUGUCGAACCAGGCGCGCUUCAUCUCAAUGAUGAUCAGCAAGCCCAAGCAGUUGACGCUCGACAAUCGAUCGACGGCCGAUAUCGUUCAAGAGUUGCGCGCCAAGGGGUUCCGACCGUUCCCCAAGGUUCAGAAAGCCGCUGUCGCCGGUGUCGAGGCCGACGCCGAAGAGGACGCCGAUGCCGACGCGGGCAUGGACAGCGAUUACGACUACUUGCUCAGCAUGGCCUUGCGCAGCUUGACCAGAGAGAAGAUCCAACGCCUCGAGGCGGAAUGUAAGACCAAGCAUGACGACCUCAACACCUUGCUCGCGCUUUCGCCUAAGGACUUGUGGUCCAACGACCUCGAGACCUUUGCCGCCCAAUGGGAGCAGUUGCUCGAACGCGAUUCUGUCGCGCACCAGAAAGCGUCGCGCGCGGCCAAGGCCAAGGGUAAAGGGACCAAGAAGGGCAAGAAGGCUGCGGCUUACUCGGAGGAUGAAGAGGAUGUGUAUGGCGACGAGGAAGACUUUGUAUACAAGCCCAAGCCGACGAAACGGGCCCCGGUGGUCAAGAAGGUGAGCGGGGUUUUGACUGUCACAUCGACUUCUAGAUUUAAGAAGGCUGAAUGAGAAAGCGACCCUCCGGCUCACAGCCGAAAGCUUUGCCUUCGGAUGAUGGCAAGGACGAUUUCGUCGUCGAGGCCAAAGAGGUCAUUGUCAAGAAGGUGAGCGAGGAAAGCCGUAGCUUUCUUUUGCACAGACGGAUGCUGACCCACUCCGCCUCUGGCGCCCAGUCCGCCACGCCCGCCCUCGUUGCGAUGGACGUUGACGAUCUUGCGGCCAAGCCCAAACCAGCCGCGGCGGUUUCUAAGACGGGAGCCAAGAAGCGUGUCGUUGAUGCGUCGAGUGAGGCCGACGACACGCCCAAGAAGAAGGCCAAACCCGCACCCAAGCCAAAGAAGCAAGCCGCUUUGAGUGACGACGACGACGAUAAUGAUGCCUCUUUCGCCAAGCCUGUCAAAGCUCCUGUCGCGGUAGGUCAAGGGUUCUUAAUUUUUCUUCCGGGAGACUGCGUACUGAGCGACAAAGCUCUGGGGGCCCUAUGAUGUACAUAGAAGAAAGCUGCAGCCAGGCACGACGACAGUGACGAUGACGACGAUACGCCGAUCAUCAAGAAGAAGGCCGUCGUCGCCAAGAUGAAGCCCAAAGCAUCGCCAAAGGCUGCUGUGAGUAUCUUGUUUUUCUCGUUGUCGCCUAGAAGAACUAGAACUGACCCGCAUGAUGACCAUGCAGGCCAAGCCCAAGCCCAAGGCGGCGGUCAAGUCGAAGCAGCUCACGCUCUCGGAUGACGACUCGGACGCUGGUUCGUCGAUCCACAUCGAGUCCGCUGCCAAGGUCGCACCCAAGGCUCGUGCGGCUCGAGCAGCAUCGACCAAAGCCAAGGCCAAGGCCGCUUACAUGGAGCUUAGUGACGAGGACGAUGGCGGCGACGGUGAUGACGCGAGUGACUUCAACGGCUCGGACUGA